GCAAAUCAAAUGAGCCGCCAACUGAUAUAUCGCCUGUCGACACAAAAAACUAUCGACAUUUUCCUUAGUGCCAUCAAUGGUUUCGCAAGCAGCUGUUUCAAGCAAUAUCAACUCGAUGUGCAAAAUAUUGAUUUUUGAAAUUUUUAAAUGUAACAAAUAUAGUGGCAACGAGUGUGAAUAGGAGCAAUUGUAGAGACGCUUUAAAUAAACAACCAAUUACAACCUGUAUUAAAAUAAUCACGCUUGAAGUUAGCAUGGAAGAGAUAAACAAUUGUGAAGUUGGAAUUGGAAAAAUAGAACAACAGCCACACGAUUCCAAGAGGUGCAUGUGCAUGUAAAAAUUGUUACUACCUAAGCGGACUCGACUUUAAGUAAGAUCACAAUGGAUAUAAUGGAUUCACCCAAAGUCAACAACAACAUGACUAAAGUGUCCCCGGUUGACAAGAUGAGCUCCAGCAUCAACAGCACACUGGAGGACACAACGCCCAGCGAUUCAGGGGUGCAGUUGCUCGAUUCCGAGAACAGCGAUGUGAUGCUGGAGUCUAUGUGCUCCUAUGAAGAGAACUCGAGACCCAUGAAACUCACUUCCCCCCAAUUACCUUCAAUAGACCCGAACUCUAAUGUGGCACCGGCUGAGUCCAUGAUAGCUAGUGGCUGUUCGACCUUUGACACAACUGAGAAAAUUGUGUACAGGCGGAAAGUGCACAAGACUUCGUCCACAUCUAAAGCACCAAAAAAACGCGUGUCUUUUCACGAGGAUAUUCUGAAGAACACUCGCACCGAUAAUAUUCACAUAGAACAUGGCUUUAUAACGUACAAAAAUGGCCGCAAGCUUGCCUUUGCAAACUCGGCGGGUGUGGCAGGUGCCCCCGGCCGGUAUUCCUGGUGCCCGGAGCGAGAGCGUUUCGAGGGACCCAAUGAGAUCUGUGCAGCUGGCAAAGACGAUGAUGAUGGGGAAGAUGCAAUGGCCGGCGGUGGCAGAAGUCGCAAGCGACAUUUGGUGUAUAGAAAUGCCUGUUCGGAUGUGCUAGACUAUGUCAACACGGACAUGUUCGAUACCAAUGAGCCUGUUCGCCUCCAGUACGACACUUCGGGUGUGUUCGAAUAUACCCCGUCUGCACAGAAACAGGCUGAGCCUGUCCUAUACAAUUGCGUUUGCAGCAGCUCCAACUCUAGUCUGGACUCGGAUGAGCAGGACAAGAACUCCAACGCCAAUCGAAAGCAAUACGAACAGGCCAAGAGCAGUUCCUGCGAUUGCAUAGGCAUGAGUAAUGCAAACAAUAAUUUGAUUGGUGACAACUGCUACUACUCGGAGCCCAAUAUUGGCGAUACCGAUGGUCCCUCAAUGAAAUCAGUUUGGAACAAAGAGAAAAAGCCAAAGUCCAGCUGCCUUAAGAAAACCAAACGUCAGACAAACAUCAUUCUAGAACAAGAUCUCAAUGGCCGUGUCAAGACCUUUAAUGUGCACGACAUUAAGCAUCAACUACUAGACAAUAGCAGCAAAAUGAUCUUUGGCUCAUUGAAAAGUAUUUUCACCAUGCCCCUGCCAGAACGCGGGGUGCCUGAAGGCUCCGAGGACCUACAGGCGGUGGUAGAGUGUGUGCCAGAGCUGGAGCACAGUCUGGAUAGGAAAACAAAUCGUCCCCAGGAGUCCCCAACUCUCAAACUCAAGCCAUUCCUGAGCAAAAGUCUCGAUGGCAAUAAACAGGCACAGUCGGCUAAGAAAUUUGUACACAACGUAGAUGAGCAGCUUCGGCAUAAAAAUAAUGACAGCUCCGUAGAAGCCUCGCCCACGGAGACUAAUCCAUCGCACACUUUACAACGUCAGGAGGAGUUCGAUAAGGAAAUAUUCCCUAUAAAAAGCAUUCCUAAUGAAUUCCGCAGCAAAUUUAUUAUCAAUUGCGAAAGCACUGUCUUCGAGCACACUGGUGUGUCCUACGAGACUGGGGAGCCGCAACCAGAAUUCUCCAGCACAGCACAGCACUCUAGUGUAGCCAGUUUGCUAGAGCAAAACACUCCCAUUGCCGAGCCAGCAACUAAUCAGAUAAAGAAAUCAUUCAUGGAUGCACCCAUAGCCAAGACGUUUAGCAAUUUCUUUCGGAGCCUAAAGGAAAGCACAAGUGCUGUGGGAACUCCAAUUGAAAAGCCUGAGGAAAAAACAGACCCAGAUGAUUGUGCUGCUUUAAAAAUGGCUAAGCCGCAACCACAGCCGCAAUCCAGCUGCAACCUGUAUAGAAAUCACUCUUCAUCCACCAUAUCGGAGCCUACAAGUUCCACCAACAACAGCAGCAGCCACCUAAUCAACCAAAACCCAAAUAAUACAGAUCGCCAUUCGCGUCAUCUGCCCUCUCCUCUGAAGAAACCUGGCCAGCCAAUGCUACUAACUCGAUGCUACGACCAGCAGCAGCUCCACAAUCGUAGCCUGUACAGCCCCAACAGCUAUCUGGCAGCUCGUGGGAGUGGGGGCCCAGGUGGAAGCGGACGCGACUCAAAAAGCACUAUCCUAAGCGAGGAAUACGAUGAUAUACUCACAAUAACCACCACAGAUACGACCAAUGACAAGCGAUCCAUGGACAGUGAUUUGGUCAUCGUUGACUAUGUGGACUAUGCUCAUCUUCUGAAACCUUCAGCUCCUGCCACCAAAACCUCAUUAAUAAAUCGAUUCCUACGAAAUGUCACCCAGAAGAAAAUACUGGAAACAUCUAUUCGGAAGAACAAUUUCUUCGCGGAUAAACUACGAAACGAACAGAGGCUUUAUGUCAAAGGGGCGCGACCCAAGAACUAUGAGCUAAUAGAUGACCUAAAUGCGGAGAUCGCAAUGGAGAUUGAAAUGUGUGGAACGAAUUCCCCGCGCCGUGAGCUGGCUGUAAGCCUGGAUACGGAUACGGAGAGUGUAUCCAGCUUCGAGCUUGGCAUCGGGGAAAUAUCGAUUGAUUUUUUUCAUGGAAAAAGUUUACUUAAUUUAAGAGAUUCCAAUGAGCAGCUGUUGAAGGUGUUCAAGCUCUAUACGGGCUACAGCAGCGAGGGCAUUAUGACCCCAGUGUUGGUUUUACUUACUGACAGGACACUAUAUGUGGCAGAUCUGGAUCGGGACUGUCUCUGUGCCAAGUUCGUUUUGGCUUACAAAGACUUGGAUGUCAUUUUGAUGGGUCCCUUCGGCAAUACAGUUCUUCUGAGUAACAGCAUGCGGGACAUGCAGCAAGUUUUACUAUCAGGUGGACCAUAUCCAGCAGGAUCCCUUGUUGCCAAUUUGGAGCUUUGUGCCAGACGCAGUGGUGCCACUCUACCGGCUGUGGGUCAACUGACCUUAGAGCAUUUGGCCCCGCUGCAGGCUUUUGUUCGCGCCAACAGCUGUGUGGGCAGAGACGAACGCUGGCUAUUCUACGCCGUUGUCAAUGUGCCAGCUGGGGAUUCAUUAAGAGCAGAUUCACCUAGUGAGCCACUGGGACCAUCUAUUAAAGGAUUUCUCAUGCAUCAGCGCUUUAAGGAAACAGCAGCCACGACAGGAGCGAGCAGGGUGUACUGGCAGGCAGGAUACUUUUUAUUGAAAUCCGGCGUCUUGUAUAUGUUCAACGACUCCACCCAGACACUUCCAAGUUGGGCCAUGGCUCUUGCCGAAUGUCAAGGUGCCCGUCGGACACUCAAGUCCGAGCGCCCCCAUUGCUUUGAAAUUUUGUUAAAGGGUGAACUCCUGCAAAUGGCCGCACCAGAUGAGUAUGUGGCAUCCGAAUGGCUGCAAGCUCUUCUACAGUCGGCCUCGGGUCAUUUGAUACCGCAAGAGAAACACAAAACCUUGGGCUGCACUUUGAUCGUUACCGAAAAUCACUUGAUAACUUUGCGUGAAGAUUUUUCGUUCCCCUUGAGGCCCAUUAACCAUCAGGUGGAUAAUAACGUGGUUCCACAAAUCAAACCACUUUUAUAUGAAGAAGAGUUAUUGAGUGUUUUUGAAACGAGUAGCCUAAUGGGCUCUACAAUGAGUACGCCGACUAGGGUGACUCAACGAUCUUUUUCUUCUUCGAGCUCCUCGCCUACAAAGCAUGAACACGAUCCGGAUUUAUCCAAGGAGCAUAGGUCGUCUCCAGGAAAAACGCAACGAAUGAGUAGUCUCUAUGGAAAAAACUCUGGUCUGGCAAUACUCACGUGUGGGGACAUUAAAGCCAUGACUGGCAUUAAGAUAACCUCACGUAUCGACACCUGGUGGUGCAUACUGGAGUUUUCGUGUCAAGAGGCACCCUUGGAGAGUCUUGAUGAUUUGGUUGUCUUUUUUGCCAGCAGCAUGGAAAUGCAACGCUUCUUGCGUUUACUGGAACAGCUAUGGCAGGCCAAGAAUAACGAUCUCUUUCCAAUAACAAUACUGGACGAUGGUGAAGAUUUAGCCGAGCAGUGUACCCUUCUUUAUGUAGACACCAAUCGAGCAUGGGAGCCCCUGCUAUCAGCUGCAGUGGGUUAAGUGCUCAAAGCUUAAUUAUAUAUCCUCCAUUUACAAACCUAUACACAAUUUAUUUCCAUGAAACCUAUAUCUAAAGUGUUAAAAAUACUAUCCAGAAUACUCAAACUAGCUAAAGAAUAUUAUUAUUUAUAUGCUUACGUAGUCGGUAUUAUAUAUAUAUUAUGUAUUUUGAUUUUUGUAUUACCUGCUGCCUUCGCUUGACUCUUUCCAUUGAUUUGCGCUGUUAUAUCUACAUUGUAUAUUUUUGUGAUAUUAAACGUAAACAUUUCUAAUCAUUUUCUUAAGUUAAAUUUCAGUUAUAUUUGCUUUUUAAAUUAAAUAAUUCAACGUUUUAUAAAUAUACAAAUACAAUACGUAAAUGAAGCUUUACGAGUAUAAACUUAAAAAUAUAAUUAAUUAAUUAUGCUGUUGCAAGGAUGGUCUACUGGUAUGCACAUAGUUACUUCCAGUGCAAUAAAUUCUUCUGCAGGGGUGAUUUGGUUUAGAGAAAACUGCAUUUCAAUCCAUGCAAUGCUUUUUCAAUUAGCAAAGAUUAAAUGCCAUGCCUUCUUACGCUUUCAGUAUCAACUCAACCUUUGUCAUAAAAUGAAUAAACAUGAU